CCGCUUCUCGUGUGAGAAUUGGCACCGCGUAGAUUAGAAGAUGAAACAAAGUCACAUCGGAGCCGUAACACACCACAAACGCUUGCAGUGUAUUUCAGGAGUAAGCUUUCGGACGCAGCAGAAAAGUGCUGUGACCGCGGCUUUACAGACGCUCCCUUAAUUAUUAAAUGGCCAUCACCUGCUAUCAGGUGGAGCGGCAUUUACUGCAGGUGGUUUAUCGUGCAGCCCUAAAAUGCAGAGACUUCCUAUUUACAAGUGCUAAACAACUGACAAAAAUCAUUAGACAAGUAUCUUCCCUUAAAAUAUACUGAAACUUUCUGUAAUUGACCUUAAAGGUACUUUUUAAGGUUUAUUCCCUUUAUAGUUCAUUUGAAAGGUAUUCGCCGGGUACUGCCAUCAAUCAUAAUAUAAAAUGGCUGGUGUAAACACAGUAACUGUGGGAAAUGAAGAGUCAAGAGAAAUGGAUGUGGAGUCAAAGUGGACUUCAAAGAUAUGUGAUUACUGCAGAGAGAAACUGCGUAGACUUUUACCAGUGAAUCAUAAAGAAGAGAUUGUAGAGCUGUUGAAACUGACUGGACCUGUGUUUCUAUCUCAGGUGAUGAUCUUUCUUAUCGGUUUCGUCAGUACUGUGUUCUGUGGACACUUGGGGAAAACUGAACUGGCUGGUGUUGCUCUUGCCACUGCUGUUAUUAAUGUGACUGGGAUCUCUAUUGGUUCUGGUUUGGCUUCUGCGUGUGAUACACUCAUCUCACAGACGUUUGGCAGUAAUAAUCUAAAGCGAGUUGGUGUGAUACUUCAGAGAGGGAUCCUCAUCCUUCUGUUGGCCUGUUUUCCCUGCUGGGCUCUGUUCAUAAAUACAGAGCCGAUACUACUGGCUGUCAAACAGAGUCCAAGAGUGGCCAGUCUGUCACAACGCUAUGUAAAUAUAUUCAUACCAGCUCUGCCUGCCUCAUUUAUGUAUCAGUUGCAGGCAAGGUAUCUUCAGAAUCAGGGUAUUAUUUGGCCUCAGGUGAUCACAGGAGCAGUUGGGAAUGUCAUCAACGUUUUAAUAAAUUACAUUUUCAUUCAUCUGCUUGAUCUUGGUGUAGCAGGAUCUGCUGCAGCCAACACAAUAUCCCAGUAUACAUUAGCUGUGUUCCUACACAUCUACAUCCGCUGGAGAGGUCUGCAUAAAGCCACGUGGGAUGGUUGGUCUCGUGACUGUCUGCAAGAAUGGGGGGCUUUCUUUCGCCUGGCCCUUCCCAGCAUGAUCAUGCUUUGUGUGAAGUGGUGGUCCUAUGAGAUUGGUGGAUUCCUGGCAGGACUUAUCAGUGAGGCUGAGCUGGGAGCCCAGUCUGUUGUCUAUGAAUUGGCCUGCAUCAUAUACAUGGUUCCUCUGGGGUUUGCAGUGGCCACCAAUGUGAGAGUUGGAAAUGCACUCGGAGCUGGAAACACAGAAAAAGCCAAACUUUCAGCCAAAGUCUCAUUAGUCUGUGGAUUACUUGUUUCCUGUGUGAUUGCGACUGUCAUUGGAGCUACCAGUAAUAUUAUAGGAUACAUCUUUAGCACAGACAGGGACAUUGUGCUCAGAGUUUCACAGGUCAUGGUCAUGUAUGGCUUUGUUCAUCUAUUCGAUGCCAUUUCAGUUAUAAGCAGUGGGAUUUUGUGUGGUGCUGGAAAGCAACUGAUUGGUGCUUUGUGUAACAUUGUUGGAUAUUAUUUGAUUGGAUUACCAAUAGGAGUCUCCCUUAUGUUUGCUGUCAACAUGGGAAUUAUUGGUCUGUGGGAUGGGUUUUUUGUUUGUGCUUUCCUGCAAUCUUUGUUCUUCAUCAUCCUCAUUUGGAAAAUGGACUGGAAGAAAGCAACUCAAGAGGCUUUGGUCAGAGCAGGUGUACAAGAUCCUGAAACCAAAAAUAAAUCUUACACAAUAAAAAGCAGGGGCUUCACAAAAGAAGUAGCACAGGUGCCACAGCGCACUGAAGGACGUCCAUCAGAUCUGGAAGCUGUUAGUAAAGAGAGAGGAUCAGUAGAGGUUGUUGCAUUGGUCACAGUUGGAGAGGUCUUAACCACCAAACAGCUGGUGGUCCGUCGAGGACUUUCUGUUUUCUUUAUGCUGCUUAUACUCGCCGGAGGAAUUGUGUUUAAUAAGGUCCUGAAUGCAUAAAGGAUGCAGGGCUUUUAUUAGUAUUAUUACUAUAAGCAACAACCCAGCAGGUUAAAAUACAAUUAUCUGGGUUGGUGUGAUACUACAGAGAGGGAUUCUCAUUCUCCUGUUGGCCUGUUUCCCCAGCUGGGGAAAAUAGAUCUAUCAUCCAAACCACGAGAUACUGAGUCCAAGAGUGACUAGGUAUCUGCUCUGUCUUAAAUGUUUAAAAGACAUUAUCUUUAUUAUGGCUAUUAGCAGUUCUCAACACUAAAUGUAAUAAUAUAAGUUUAAAGUUGAACGUGUGUCUGUCUCUCUCUGUCUCCCACAGUCUGUCACAGCUCUAUAUACAAAUGUUCAUACCUGCUUUACCUGCUGUGGGUGUCACAUUAAACCUUUUCAACAAAAUGUUAGAAUAGUGUUAAUGAGACAAAAGAGCUGAACCCCCAUGUCUCCACGGUGUUUUGAUACAGAGAUAUAGCUCUUGCAACGGUUGAAUUGCAAUUCACCAAUGAUUAUACUCAAGUGGGAAUAACAGCUAA